GUAAGGUAUUGAAUUACUGGAACGGGUGGAACCAGCCGAGUUUCAUGGAGUGUCUCUGUGUGUCAGCCAUACAGUUAAGCCAUACACAGUUAAGUGUGGAUUGGAGCGCUGCAACUCAUAACGUGAAGUUUGGUUGAUACUCCAUAUACACUGGUGAGCGGAAGAUUCCCUUACUUAUAUAUCAACUCCCUUCCUCGCUCGUCGAUACGACACUCCUUAUUCUACCUCCAACCGUAUCCACCACAUUCCGCUAGACGAACCAUGGUCAAAGCCGUCAAAGGCGCCCUCGUCGAGUGCGACGCAAGCAUCAAAGCCAUCAUCGUCAAGAUCGACAAGCAGCGGCGCAAUGAGAUUAUCAUCGAAGACCUCGAUGACGAGACGGUCCUCGUCAAGACCGACAAGCUGGAGGAGCUCAAACGUUUCCUCAAGGAAGAGUUGAAAGACACGGUCAGGGAAGCAGAAGAGUCGGGAAGCGAGUGAUGGGAUUGAUUCUGCUAUGACGGGCGUCCUCACGCUCGAGGGACAUUCCUGAAAAUCCGCAUCCCCUUGAGAGCAGAGGGCUACAUUUCAGUUCGACGUGUACCAGUCCCCGAAACCAUUGCACCCUUCCUUUCCAGGCCCGUCCUCGCCUCGAUAACUUCUGCCUACACCAUCCCCAUCCAUCUUAUCCUCAAGACCUCACAUCCCAUCCUUCUGCGCCGCCCCCUCGACCGCCGGAACCCACGACGGACGCUGCGGCGCAAACAGCUCCGACACAGGCUUCCCCUUCUCCAGCACGCCCGGCGUGUCCAGAACCCCCGCCUUCACAAUGUGUGCAGGGCCAAACGACCCGCCUGUCCGGAAGAGCGUGCUGCCACAGUCGCCACAGAAGUGGCUGAUGAUGGACUUGCCGC